UAUUUCUGAAAUAAAUACGAUCGUGAAUGUGAGUAUUCGAAUCGUGUUUUCAGUUUUUAUUUUGAAGUUGUAGUUGUUGAACUCGAAUUGAAAAAGUGAAUAAUUAUUUAGCGCGUAAAUGUUUUCAAACACGUCCGCACGUGCCAAUCACAGCGAGAGAAUUAAGUAAAUACCAGUCAACAAUUAUUACAACAUGUUAUUCUUGUCGUUGCUUUUGGUCAAGGAUCAAGGUGCGCUGUGCGUUUUACGCAAUACCGCCAACUUGCGACAGUUUGGCGUUCUGUCAACGGUUGACACUUGCAUAGUAGUUAUUAUGUUCUUUAUUCAUCGGUAAUUUUUGUAUAUGUAAAUGUUUUAUUUUGAAUUCGCAAAACGAUUGUAAGAAUCGGUGAAUGGAAACGACACCCCAAAUCGAAGCGGACAGACGUCUGCUGAAAUUCAAGACAUACGAGGAGUACCUCGAUUCAUUGGUGAAUAAAAGCGACGUGUGCUAUCUGCAGAGCGUUUCGGCUUCGAGGACUAUUGCUGAAUUGGGUUAUAGAAGCACCGGAGAGACGUUGAGUAGGGAUCAAUUCCAGACUAGAUUGGCAGCUGUUAUAAGUUACCUUUUUCCAACGUUCAAACCGUACGAGUUGGCCAGCGAGAGGAUGCCGGCGAAGGAUCCUCUGCAGAAGGAACUUGCACUUAGGGAACGUGUCAAUAGGCUCGGUAUCAUCUCCACGAUAAUUUUCUUGAGAAACUUUACAAGAGGCGGGUUCGAGGUGUCCGGAUAUAUUGACUAUGGGGAUCGGCUGCAGAACGAGGAUUGGAAACCGUUUUUCAGGGGGAAAAAGAAACUUUGGCCGCGUUCUUCGGAUUUGGGAUAUUACCAUUGGAGGUUAGGUAAAAGCAUAUCAAACGAAUCGUUCAAUUAUAAGGUGAUGGUCGACAUGCAGAAAGGUUUGAUAUUUCAAAACAGAUUCGAUAGGAAAAUCAUUUACGUUGAUCCGAACUUGUUAAGUCCUGGAAGCAAUACUACGAGAACACGAAUAGAGAGUUCAACUUACGAACACAUCGUCCUAUAUGAUCACGUCGUUAUCCAGCGUAUAUAGAAAAUUACGUUUUCUUUUAUUAUCUUUCAUUCGCUGACGAUGUCA